AUGCCGCGCACGACGGUGGUUUUUGUCACCAGUACCAAAAGUGCAGGCGCCGUCACUCUCACCACUACUGAAUCAUCCAUUACAUCCAAGCCUUCUAUCUCUGGCACUUUAAGCAAUACAUUUAAUGAAUCAACAACGUCAUCUGAGGGGACAGAGUCAACCAGGACACACGGGCUUUCUGCGAGCGCUUCCGCUGGCAUUGGUCUUGGAACGGCACUGGGAGUGCUUUUGCUUGCGCUAGUUGCUGUUUACAUCUAUUGGCGCCGGCGAAAGAAGCUUGUGCGGAAGGUCAACCAAGAGGUUCCAGUAUUACCGGAGCUUGGAACUAAUUCUCAGAAGUAUGAAUUAUCGGCUGCAAGUUCAAGCCAAGCGGAGCUUGAUGCCGAUAAACAAAAUCAUCAUAACGCCAUUAUGCAAGAAUUGGAUUAG